AUGGCCAACAACUGGUACGACCAACAAACCGGACUCUCGAUGAGCCGACUGUCUCAGCUAUCAGAGAUGGCGUAUGCCUCCCCUCCACAGCCUGGCAACGUGGAAAUGCGGCCUGCCGUUUUUGACAGAUUCAGCCCCCAGCCUUUGACCGAGAACCCAAAUCCAAGCCACACAACGACCAGACCAGCCAACUCGCUGCGUCUGAACCCCAGCCGGUUCAGUUGCGAGCCGGUGCGGAAGUGCGUCUAUGCCGAAUCACGUCGAGGAAUCCGAGACCCAAACAAGCGGAAGAAGAUGAAGGAGGAGGCUAUGAAGGCCGACCGAGAUGAAUCAUCCAACAGUACGCCAUCACCCAACUUUCCGGGCUUCGAAAUCCCCGCCCAUGUCAUCCAGAGACUCCCUGCUGGCUGGACGAACCGAGAGGCACAAAAUCCUCGUGCCGUUAAGGAUCUAUUCGACCUUUACUACGCCAACUUCCACCCCACCCACUCAUGGUUGCCGCCGAAGAAGACUCUCAGUCGCCUCGUUGAGACAGUCCCAGAUGACUUCAAGUUCACCAUGACCAUGAUUCUCUACGUGGGAUCCAAGUAUGCCGACAACGUGGACAGCACGUCACUACGCAAUGACGCCUACGAGAUGGCUUCAGGGGAGUUGCCCGAGACAGUCUGGUCUGUCCAAGCGCUACUAUGCAUGUGUAUUGCUGCCUUUGGAGAGCAACACGACGACUACUGCAGCCUGUGGUUUGACCGGACCCGUGACCUGGCUCUUAGGCUAGGGCUCCAACACAAGAGCUUCGCCGAUGCGGAGGAGGACCCUAUUCUGGCCGAAUCGUAUCGAAGAACAUACUGGGCGUUGUAUACACAGGGAUCACUGAGGACGGUCCGGGAACAUCUUGGUCAUUGGCAACUCUACCAUACAAGGGCAACAACAGAACUUCCAUGCGAAGAGUGGGAAUAUGAAUCAGGCAAAAUUCCAAUCCCAGUAACCCUCGAGGACUACGACAAGAGGGGCCCCUCGAGACAAUACUCUUCAUGGGCAUACUUUGUGGACCUAACUCGCAUCUGUGGCCAAUUCGUCGUGCCUCUCCUUAAUGUUGGGGAGGUGGCAUUUUCAGAGGCCAUGGAUAAUGCGAACCUUCGUGUCGAGUCGUGGAUAUUGCAGAUGCCCCCGUGGAAGAAAGAUCUUGUCGACAUCAAUGGUGCGGUAUACUAUCCAGGCAUUGAACAGGGGCUGACGGUGGAUGAGCUACAGUUAGGGAUUGCUUAUGGUCUUCAGAUUCGGAUGCAACUCCAUUACAAAGGCGUGAGACCUCAAGACGGUGUUCGAGAGGUUGCCAGCAGGGGUUUCUCUGUGCUCAGCAGUUCGCCUUCCCCUCCUGCAAGCGUGACUAUGGGGUCCAACCCUCGGUUACCUGGAUCAGCAGCUGUCCAGGCAUCGCUACACCUCGUCUCAUUGUUCAACCUCCAUCUUCCACCGGAGAAUUUUUCUCCAUCUUGCAUCUUGGGCCUUGAGCGGGCAGCUCUACCACUUUUUGAUGCCUUGCUCUAUGGACAGGGGCAGCCAGUUUACAAGGUCAAGAUCUCGCUUUUGGUGAGUGUGCUGAGAAAUGCAGGCAAAUUCUGGCCCAGGUCGAAAGUGGUCUCGGAAGAGAUUGAAGAAGCAAUGAGAGGGGCAGCAGAUAUUAUCGAGGCUGCUGAGCAGUUGCAGGAGAUGCAAGAGAUGCAGGAUAUGCAGGAUAUGCAGACGACACCCGAUAUGUUCGACUCGCCUAGUAUGGACGAGGAAGAUCCACCCACCGAAUUUGCACCUCCGGUAUUUACGACGAUGGGCCAGAUGGAUUCUUGGACACAAGUACAACCACAAGCUGCGAAUGUGGAACCAACAACGGAGGAGAUGGCCCAGUGGUUGGGGUCGGAAACUGAACUCCCAAAGACUGAGGAGCCAACGCUGGAGACGCAUGAUGUUCCACUCUCGGGGCCUGGAGAGAUGGCGGCUGGCAUGGAAGCUGCUCCGCUUCCAGUGAUGGAGAAUAUGACGUUGAAUAUGGAGGCUACAUCACUUCAGGGGGCUGAGGAGCCGGCACUGGGUGCAGAAGCCGCUGCAUUUCCGAAGACUGAAGAGGACACGAUGGUCAUGGAUGCUAUCCCUGUGGCACCUUUCCCUCAGGCGGAAGCGGGGCCCUCGGAUAUGGAGGCUCAUCCAGGUAUGCCGAUGUCAUAUGUCAAGACUGAGGACCAGUGGUUUUAG